AUGCCAUCGAAGAACUCCAUCAACAGACCCAAGCAGAAACUGAACCUGCAGCACCGCGUGCAGAAAAACGCAGCGAAGAGAAGCGCCAGGGAGCGCGCAGGGUUACUUGCGCCGCCAAGAUCCAGCGAUCAGUCGCAAUCGGGCCGCGCGAAGUCCAUUCCACUGGAUUUGUUCCGUGGAGAGCGUGUGGACCAGGGGCCGAUCACCACGAAGACGCUGUCCAAGAAGCGGGCCAAGAAGAUCGAGAGAAACCUGCGGUAUGUGGAGCAGCGUAAGCUGCUUGUGGACGUGCAGGCUGCGCGGGAGUCUGGGAUGGACAUCGAUGUGGAGACUGCGGUGAGCACUAAAGCCAAGACUCAGCAGACGGGACCGCUUCAGAAGGUGAAGGAGUCCAUUUGGAGUGCUCUGGAGGACGUCGCCGCGCAGGAGAUGAUCGUGCAGACAGGGGCUGGUACGACCCUAGGCGGCCAGUUUUUUCCGUAG